AUGUUGAAAAUUUUUAUUUUUAUUGCUCUUACUGCUUUGGUUGAUAGUGAUACAAAACUGCCGGUCGUAAUCACAACAUGGAAUUUCGUAAAUGCUACGGUAACAGCAUGGGAUGUCCUUAAACUAAGUGGUUCUGCACUGGAUGCUAUUGAAAAGGGAACUUCAGUAUGUGAAGAACAACAAUGUGAUGGAACUGUGGGGUAUGGAGGAAGCCCAGACGAAGAAUCAGAAACUACACUGGAUGCUCUUAUUAUGGAUGGGUGCACUAUGAAUGUGGGUGCCGUUGGUGCACUCAGAAGAGUCAAACAUGCUGCCUCAGUUGCCAGACAUGUAUUGGAACAUACAAAACACUCUAUCCUUGUCGGAGAGAUGGCAACAAAUUUUGCUAAACAAAUGGGUUUCAAAGAGGAAUCUCUUACUACAACAACAUCAAAAAGAAUGUGGUUAAAGUGGCACUACAGAGACCAAUGCCAACCAAAUUUUUGGAUGAAUGUGGAGCCCGAUCCGAGCAAGUUUUGCGGACCCUAUAAAAAAAUAGACAACAUAGUACAUAGGAGUAAAAAUAUAAUUCCAAUGAAAGUGAGCAGAUUCAACCAUGACACGAUUGGAAUGAUAGCUGUUGAUAAACAAGGAAAUGUUGCUGCUGGAACAUCAACAAAUGGGGCAAAAUUUAAAAUACCUGGGAGAAUUGGUGACUCCCCGAUCCCAGGGUCCGGAGCUUAUGCAGAUAAUGCUGUUGGUGGUGCAACAGCGACAGGAGACGGAGAUAUUAUGUUAAGGUUUUUGCCCAGUUUUCUAGCAGUGGAGGAAAUGCGACGUGGUGCUUCACCAACGGAUGCGGCUAGAGUUGCUGUUAAUAGAAUAGCAGAACAUUACCCUGAUUUUAUGGGAGCCGUUAUAGCUUUGAGAAACGACGGAGAAUACGGCGCCGCUUGCCAUGGUCUAGGCGACGAACCUUUCCCAUUUGUUGUCCAGGAUAUAACUAUGACGAAAUUUAAAAUUGAAAAGAUUAAUUCUCAUAGUUCAACAAUGGCGGACGCAGCUCCAGCCGGUGGACGCGGUGGUUUCCGUGGCGGAUUCGGAUCACGCGGUGGUGACAGAGGACGUGGUGGGCCACGUGGCCGUGGUCGUGGUCGCGGCCGUGGCCGUGGACGCGGUAAGGAAGACCAGAAAGAAUGGGUGCCUGUAACCAAACUGGGACGUCUCGUGCGAGAGGGAAAGAUCGACAAGCUUGAGAGCAUUUAUCUGUUCUCAUUGCCCAUCAAAGAAUUCGAAAUCAUCGAUUUCUUCCUUGGUGCCUCUUUGAACGAUGAGGUCUUGAAGAUCAUGCCCGUACAGAAGCAGACUAGGGCUGGUCAACGUACCCGUUUCAAGGCUUUCGUGGCUAUCGGAGACAACAAUGGACACAUUGGUCUGGGCGUUAAGUGCAGCAAGGAAGUAGCCACAGCCAUCCGAGGUGCUAUUAUUCUGGCUAAACUGUCCGUUCUGCCUGUCCGCAGAGGAUACUGGGGUAACAAGAUCGGCAAGCCUCACACAGUACCCUGCAAGGUAACUGGUAAGUGCGGUUCAGUCACUGUCCGUCUCAUUCCUGCUCCUCGUGGUACCGGUAUCGUCUCAGCCCCUGUUCCGAAGAAGCUUCUUCAGAUGGCCGGAGUCCAGGAUUGCUACACCUCAGCUCGUGGUUCAACAGGAACCCUCGGCAACUUUGCUAAAGCCACCUAUGCGGCCAUUGCAAAGACCUAUGCCUACUUAACACCAGACUUGUGGAGGGACAUUCCUUUGACCAAAUCACCGUACUCCGAGUUCAAAGCUUAA